AUGCACCCCCAAAUGAUUAACGGUAAAGAACUCAAAUUCGUCAGGCAAGCUAAAGUCCUUGGCACAAUCAUCAGUAAUGACCAAAAGUUGAACUGCCACGAAGAAGUUACCAUAAACUAUGUCAAGCUACAUGCUGAACCAACAGAGGGAAAAACUCUGGAUAUUAUAUUAAAGAAAAUGAAACAUCGCAUAGUAGAACACAUGAGUUCAUCAACUGCAGAUGCUUUGGGUCUCAGCAGAGCAAUUCUCUGUAAUGAUGGACUGGUUAAGAAAAUGGAGGAACUGGAGCAAAACUCCUAUAUCUACAAGGGUCUUCUUGAUCAUGCCAGACAGUUUCUGCAAAGCUUUUAUAACUUAGCUCAAACACAUAAAGAACUUGGAGAAAUAUUUGCUUCCACUGGUGUAAGAGAAUUGCAGCCAAAUGCGAGUGAGGCAUUUGCAAUUUUUAGUGAGGCUCACAGAAACUUUGAGAAGCUAGGAAUGGAUUAUUUGAAGAAAGUCAAACCCAUGUUGAGUGAUUUGAACACUUAUCUUUCUAAGGCUAUUCCAGAUACCAAAUUGACUAUCAAGAAAUAUGCCGAUGCUAAAUUUGAAUAUCUGUCAUACUGCUUGAAAGUAAAGGAGAUGGAUGAUGAAGAGUAUGCUUAUGCGGCAUUGCAUGAAUCGCUUUACAGAGUAGAGACUGGAAACUAUGAUUACAGGGUGGUAUUGCGGUGUCGUCAGUUAGCCAGGGAGAGAUUUGCAAAACUACGAUCAGAUGUUCUAGUGAAACUUGAACUUCUUGACCAAAAACAUGUACAAGACAUUGUUUUUCAACUACAGCGGUUUGUUGCAGCAGUUACAGAAUAUCAUGAGAACUGUUAUUCAGUGUUGAAGGAUGCCAACGUUUUCCCUAUUGAGGUUGAUUUAACAAGAGGAGCACUGGGAAACCCACUCAAGUAAAUUUCAACUUUAUUCCAU